GCCAUGUCCGCCGCCGCCUCCUCCUUUAGUAGUGUGAGUGCAAUCUUGCUCUACGCUCUCUUCUUUGGGGGCACGCACACCGAGGCAACCGCCGACGUCGUCCCAAGUAUACUCCCGGUAUGCAAGACCGUCGGCGGCGGCAGUACGUUCUUCGACGUCCAGUUCUGUGUGGAGGCACUUGGCUCCGAUGGCCGGAGCGCCAACGCCGGCAUGAACUACCGGGCCUACUCCAUCAUCGCCAUCGACCUCCUCACAGCCAACGCCACCAGCACGGCGACCAAGAUCGACGGCUUGCUCCGGGAGGGCGGCGGCGAAGGUGACGCCACGACGCGUUGCAUCCGGUCAUGCCAAGCGCUGUACAGAGGCAUAGUGCAGAGGCAGCCCGGCUGCGCAGCCGCCGUCAAGGACAAGAGGGACGGCGAGGCCGUGAUGUGCAUGGAGGAAUCAGCGAGCGCAGCGAAGGAGUGUGAGGACGGCUUCGGGAAGAGAAAAGUGGCGUCGCCGGUGGCGAUGGAGGACGACGACGCGUUCAAGCUCGCGAAGCUCGCCGUCGCGUUGCUCAGCAACGCUUACUGA